UGUCUUUAUCUAGUACUGGGAGAGUGUUAAGGGACCAGUAGUACCUGCUAGUGUACAGUGGCCUGUGGAGAGACGUGCUCAUGCUAUUACUAGUAUCAUCAGUGACUCACCUACACUAGUAAUGAUAGGUGGAGAUGGUAAUGAUGAUCAACUAGUAAAUGAUAGUUGGUUACUUGAUACCAGUCAGUACCAGUGGAGUAAGAUUGUUCUACCUGAAUCUGUUGCUGGUAAAAAAUUUCAUUCCUUAUCAUCAAUAAUGAUGAGUCCAGACUGUGUGUGGUUGGUGGUAGUGGGUGGAGUUGGAGCAACUGAAUGGGAUGAUGUAGGAAGAUUUGAUCGAAUUAUCACUGAUCCUAAUGUCACAAUGUUAAUAGAACUAGUUCUCACUAAAGGCCAAUGGACAGUAAGUGAAGUACUAGAUUCUACUGAUCUUACUAAAGAGGCCUAUCAACACAAAUAUCAAUCAUUCCUUAAAACAAGACAAUGGUGGCAAGAUCGUUGUUCUAUAGUCUAUCCAACAGAAAAGGAAGUACAACAGCAGCAGUACAUACAAGUACUGCAACAGGAGUUAAGAGUAUUUGAAGUAAAUAAAACCUCACUGCAGGAAGCACUCCUUGAGGCUAGUCAGCAAGGUAUAAUCCUCUACUGUGUGUGUGUGUUUAUUAUUUUGUGAUUUGUGAAUAAACUU